UCGCGAAUGACGCUGAGCGGCACGGGUGCGCUGAUGAGGGGCUGGAUUAGACGCAUGAUCUCUUGAUCCGUCAGAGUCGUCAUAUCCGUGUGCUCGUCAAUGACCCUCGCGGGAUCGGCGUCGCCGCCAUCAUGGUCGGACAUGGUAGAGUGUAGUCAUGUGUAGAAAAAAACAAUGGUUUGAAUUUUGACAUAUCAUGGAGACCUUGAUCACGGUACCGGUGCACUUGAGGGAGAAGAUUGACAGGGCGGCGGAUGGGUUGCCCGAAGUGCUGAGAGAGGAGCUCAGAGGGGAGGUUGUGCCUGAGGAUGCGCUGCUGAGGCUGUCCAAGUGGGCUAGGGAACAUAUGUCGAACUCCGAGGAUUAUUCUCUUGUCAGCCUCUUCGCAGGGACCGAGGUGUUUGUAACGCCUGAGCGGGCUGCGUUUCUCAAAUCGGCUCAGCAGUCAGGCAAGGCGGACGCUUUCCUGCCGUCUUAUUUGAGCCCGAGGGAAUCGCUCUCGGGGGGUUACAAGGCCCUGUCAAAACAGAUUACCACGGCGUUGAACGUGCUGUUCUCUGUGGUUGGAGCAGGUGUCGCUGUGUACAUGGCCGCGAUCACGGGAGCAGGGUACAAGCGGGAGACGGGCGUCUUGCUGGGCGUCUUCGCAGCGGUCGUGGUGGCAAUCACCGAGGGUGCUCUACUGUGGAUCUUUGCGUACAAGGUUAAGGUGGUGCAGAGGAAGGAAGUCGAAAUGUGGAAGGGGAGUGCGAGUGAGGGCGUGAAGAAGACACUCGAUAAUGGACCCGAGACUAGUAUAAAUACGCCCCGACCUGUUCGACUGCGACGUCGACCCAUCCAACCCAACCUAUGAUAAUUCAUGGAUACAAGUUCUAUCUGAUCACAAUGUUGACACAGGGUUCACCACUAUCUCUCACAUCGUCAAGCAUUCCCUCGACAUCGGCAUCACAUUUGAUCGUCACUUCGUCACCGUCUAGAUCAAUCCAUUUGAUCAAAAAGUGGUCAGAUAUGCCC